ACGGCUUUAGGUACUAAACAUUAUUGGGACAUAGGAUCUAGUUUGAAUCAGGAGGUCAAGGGUUACAAAAGUUCAAGUGUGAGGUCACUGGAGGUCAGGAACAAUGUUAUGUUGUGUCAAUGAGUAUGAUAUGACACAGUUUAAAGCUUCAGUGGCUGUGAAUAGUCGCGGAUGCUGACAGCCUGAUGAGUAAUACUUCACGGAGUACCUGUGGUAGCUGAUGAGGCAGGCUCUCUCUGUUUUGCUGUCAGAUAUUGAUGUUGUGGUGAGACAGAAAUGAUAGUUAUCCACUAACAGUGAUUUCCUAUGUAGAUACAAAGAUUACUUACCUCACUAUUAAUCAUUUGUAUUUAAAUCAAAAUGGAUUACUCCUAUUGCCAAAAUAAUGGACUACCUGUAUAAAAAUUACUAAGGAUUAGCUGUGUAAAUCUUGCUGUGGAUAAUUGUCUGUUUAUACCUUACAAUGGAUGGGCUACCUUUACAAAAGUGUAAUUUCUGUGGAUGGAUUUUCUGUAUGGACAAAUUUACUACAGACUGAUGAACAUUACUACAAAUUACCAGUGAUAUAAUAAUAUAACAGUUUAUUACAAGCCAGGAACAUGGAGACAAACAGUAUACAAAGAGCAUGGCGAUCCUACUCUAAAAGAAAACAUUUGGCUGAUAGUGAUUCGGAUGAAAAUUGUGCUGAAGAGCUUGAGGAACUUAAAAUAUUACAUGAUGGAAGUGAGAAACAGAUGAUGACCCAGACAAACCCGGACUCUUUGUCGCGGAGUGAGGAUAUCAAAGUUGUCCUGGAGAAUGUGGCUCAUGCAGAGGGUCUGGAUAAGCGUGAGUCAUCAGAGGAAAAACGUAGUUCCUCCGAGGAUAAAGAGUAUUCCCCUGGACCACUGUUUACCUCCCCUGCACACAGACUUGUUAACAAAGUUCGGUAUGAACACGAUAGUGAUUCGCUGUCAUCAGAUUAUUCGGAGUUUUCUGCUCCUCUAAAGGACCUAGCUGACAGUGAAGUAACUAUUGUAGAGCGUCAACAGUUAGCAGAAGGCAACAUUCCACAAUCUUCCAGAAACACGUCCAGCAAAGUGGUAAGAAAACCGUUUGAAUCUGAUGAGGAGUUUAGCAGACGAAUCAGAAAACUGAACUUUUUAAGCAUUGCCCAAGAAUUUGCAGAAUUGAAAAAAGUAAAUUGUGAUAUAUUACCAUUUGACCUCCAUAAAGGUCAACAGUUUUCUGAGAGUUCUUGCAGUGACACUAGUUCUGCUCCAACAUCACAACUCUCUUCAGAAAUGAAUACUCCCAGUGAACCCUCAGACUCAUUUGUGCAACUCAACAAUGGGGUGAACAAUCUCAUGUCCAAAGAUCUAAAUAGCAAUAUAAACAAUGGCAAUGAAGGGGAUAGCCGGCCAUUGACAACUGCAACAAGUCGGUCAAAUAACUCUAACGAUAAUCUGCCACCAAAUAUAUCCACAACAGAAACUUUUUUCAGAGGUAGAGUUGCAAAACGCAGUAGGGACCUGGAACAGGAGAAUAGCAAUGGAGGAGAUAAUUUAGAUGUGACUGACAGGGGAGAUAACUCCAACAAUGACGAAAGUGAAGGUGAUUUUGAUGUGUAUAAUAUAGAAACUGCUUUACCACAGAUGAACUGGGAAAUACUUGGUCAGCAGUUGGAGCAGGUUACCCUUCAGCAAUCUUUACAGCAGCACCAGCCAGUAAGGGAGCAGCAACCAGAACAGAAACCACUGUCACAACGUAAUGACCGUGAGGAGAUCCGUCGGAAGCUGGCCAUGGGAGGCUUGGAGGAGGACUACUAUGGUGGGGAGAGGUCGUAUAAAAAACCCAACCUUUCCAAAAGGCUCCAGAGUGGUAUGAAUCUACAGAUUUGUUUUAUGAACGAAUCUCCAGGGGAAGAGCCUGACCCCAUUAAGUCUUCACCGCAAAAAUCUGAACUUUUACAGGAGGAAAAGAUUUCUUCAAAACUUUCCAAAUUUUUUCGAAAUAAGUCUGAAUUGAGUAAAGUAGAUACAACAGAUGUAAAGACCUCCGAAGCUGCUGGAAUUACGCCAGACUUAUCCAACAACAAAAUGUCCUUGGCCGCUGACAAGACGGGCAAGUGUGGGCCACCUGGUGCCAGACAAGCAGGGGAUGAAGAUUUUUUCAAGAAACAGGCCCGACUACAACGGGAAGCAAAAAUUGCACUGGCACAAGCAAGUACCAUGGCACAUAUGCAGCUGGAGGUAGAGAAACAGAUGAAGAAAAAGUCGCCGGUAACUGACAUUGUUGGUCUUCCUUUGCUGGGAGACAAAAUCAUGUCCUGGGGUAACAAACCUUUACACGAGAUGAAUCUAGCGCAGUUACAGGUUCUCGUCAACGACCUUCAUUCACAGAUAGAAAAGUUAAAUGAGGAUCUUGUGCGUCUUCUGAUGGAACGUGAUGAGUUACACAUGGGGCAAGACUCCAUGUUGGUGGAUAUUGAGGAUCUUACAAGGAGAGCUGAAGAUAAAGCCAAGCGAUUCAACUCACAGACCGGGAAGAAGGGAAAUAACUCUAAACGAUCAUGACAGCAGCUUUCACUGUAGUAUUGAGGAAAAUGUCCUGAAAUCCAUUCCAAAAUUCCAUAGUCUUCCAGACUGGCUGGCACCUGCUGAAUGCAAACCUGGAAACAGCUAAUGUCUUAUAUAGUGAUACAUCAGUGAUGUCCAGCUGGAAAAGAAUUACCCAACUUGAACUGGAAUAGUUGGCAUGUGAUUCUUUGCCAAUGUGAGGAACAUACCCCAGGUUAUUGAACUCUAGAGGUGUCAGUCUCUAGAUAUAUCAAGAGUGUCAAAUGACAGGUGUGUCUGACUGCCGGUGUGUCUGACUACAGGUGUGUCUGACUGCCGGUGUGUCUGACUACAGGUGUGUCUGACUGCCGGUGUGUCUGACUGCCGGUGUGUCUGACUACAGGUGUG